GGAACGCUUUCAGAGCAGCUGUGUGGAGAUGGAAGUGAGGACGCCUUCGACAUGAGUGACUUUAGGUGAUCGAGGGACAGUUUAUUUAGCUUUAAAGAACUUGAAUCAGUCCGAUUCGCUCUGGUGCCACAGGAUACGAAGAGAUUUUGAUAUUUUUCCAGGAUUCACGCGGUUCUUCGGACGCAUCAUCCCGCGCGCGCUCUGGCGCAGGAGAAAACCAGGACUUUGCGCAAACGAACACCACAUCUCCAUAUCAUCAUGAGUUAGAUCAAACACCUUCACCCACUCAAGGCACACAUAAAGCACUUUUUUAAACAAAGGGAGUCCUUAACUGGAAGUUUUCGUGCAGGGCGCAUGGAGGAGCCGGUGUAAAGGUGCUCGAAGGAUGCCGUCCCGUCCCGGGUUCAGGACAUCUGGCCGCUGGAUGCUGCAGUUUGUCCUCCUCAUCUGAGAGCGAUGGCUACUGAGGUGGUGUGUGGUCUGAUCUUCAGAGUGCUGUUGCCAGUGUGUCUGGCUGCAGCAUGUCUGUUCAGGUACAAUGGACUUUCCUUCAUCUACCUCCUGUACCUCCUCCUCAUCCCGCUGUUCCCCGAGCCCUCCAGCAUAACCAUGCAAGGCUACACGGGGCACUUGCUGAAGUCUUUAUGCUUCUGCAGUAUGACCUUCCUCUUCAUCCACAUCAUCUAUCAAAUCACCAUCCACAGUUUGCUGGCUGCAAACUCUAUCAGUUCUGAAUUCAACUGUUCAGCGUGGGAGAAGUCAAUACGACAGAUUGGUUUCGAGAGUGUUAUUGGUGCAGAUGCAGGCAAUGGUAUCCGAGUUUUCCUCCCGGAUAUCGGGAUGUUCAUGGCGAGUCUGUCCGUGUGGCUGCUGUGCAGAAAACUGGUCCACAAGCUUCCCAGUGAAGAAAUGGCCCAGGACAACUAUGACUUUGAGGCUGAGGAAGAGGAGGAGAGUGACGAGAAGGUGGACGAUGGUGACGACGAUGAUGACGAGAUGAUCUUUGACGAGGAUUUUGAUGCAGAAGACGAGGCAGAGGAAGAGGACGGGGAGGGAGGAGGUCUGGAUGAGGAAGAGGAGGUAGAGGAGGAGGUGCAGGAGAGCUUAAAGAUGAAGAUUCUGCGCAGAGUAGCAGGAGUGCCAACAAAACUCAAAGAGAUCAUCGGUAACCUCAUCACAACUGCUGGACAAGUGGUGGUUACCAUUCUCCUGGGAUUAACAGGUGUCACGCUGCCCUCUCUGAGCUCAGCCGUCUACUUCUUUGUGUUUUUGGGGCUGUGCACGUGGUGGUCGCUCUGCAAGACCUUCGACAAGCUCCUCUUCAGCUGUCUGUGUGUCCUCAUGGCCAUCUUCAGUGCUGGUCAUCUCAUCAUACUUUAUUCCAACCAGUUCCAGUUCCUGCAGGAGGCCAUCAGCCUCAACGACAGCUACACCAGUUUGUUUGGCAUCUCCUCCAUCGUUCGAACCGACUGUUCCUCAACCUGGAGGCUCGCUGUCAACAGUGGCCUGAACUGGCACCAUUUUGUCAAUCCCAUCAUGCUCUUGGUCCUGUACUACACACUGGCCACCUUGAUCCGCCUGUGGCUGCAAGAUCCCAUGAUCAUGGAGAGUGAGGAAGAGGGGAUAAACGAGGGAGAUGAGACUGCAGGAAACCGCUUCAUUCACACGUCGAUCGGGAAGCGGCUGCUCUGGUGGAAAGCGCAUCAGAAAACUGAGGAAAGAAAUCUCAUUUCCACUCAGGAUGGGUACAGCACCUCAGAGGUUUUAAUGAUGGUUAACUCUAACGGGACGUCGUUUGACUAUGUGUCCGCUGUGUCCAUUGAGAACGGACCGGUCAGUCUGGAUAUUUACUCAACUCCUCAGUAUAAAGUGGAUCAGCCUGUUGAAUUUGAAGAGAAGACAGAUGAAAACACAAAUGAGAUCUCAGACUCACAGCUGGAGGAGGAAGAGGAGAAGACAGAUGAGGAAGAGGAACAAGAGGAAGAGGAAGAGCAGGGCGGACCACCAGAUGCUCUUGUAAAAGUGUUCAAGUUUAUCAUGAAGCAGAGCUACAUCUGUGCUCUUAUUGCUAUGAUGGCGUGGAGUAUAACGUACGUUAGCUGGCCAACGUUUGUCUUUCUGCUGUGGUCCUGUACUCUGUGGAUGGUGCGAGACCGAAGGAAAUAUGCCAUGCUGACCUCCCCAUUCAUGGUGGCCUAUGGGAACCUCCUGCUGGUCCUUCAGUACAUCUGGUGUUUUGAGCGUUUGAGUCCAGUGCCGGGUUUCUUUCUGAAGAUGGAGGUGCCCUUCAGUGAACUGAGCAGCAAGGUUCUGUGUCAGCUGAGUUUCUGGCUGCUGCUUAGACAAACUUUGAUGGAACGACAAGAGAAGAUGGAAGAGGAAGCAAUGCUUUGUGACGUCAAAGUAGAUGAGCAGGAAAAAAAGGAAGAAAAAGACAAAGAGGAAGAGGAGGGGGAUGAGAAUGACCUGAUGCAUGUGAUUGGGAAACUAGUGAUGGCUCUGCUGGUGAAGUACUGGAUCUAUAUCUGCGGAGGAAUGUUCUUCUUCGUCAGCUUCGAAGGAAAGAUGGUCAUGUACAAGAUCGUCUACAUGAUGAUGUUUCUGUCCUGCGUGGCUCUUUACCAGGUGCAUUAUGAGUGGUGGCGCAGGAUCCUGAAGUACUUCUGGAUGUCUGUGGUGAUGUAUACCAUGCUAGUGCUCAUCCUAAUCUACACCUGUCAGUUUGAGAAUGCCAUCCACACCUGGUCCAAUAUGACGGGCAUGUCAGUAGAUGGACUGGAGGCCAUGGGUCUGGAGAAGUACAGCCUCUCUGAGUUGUUCACCCGUAUCUUCAUCCCCACAUCCUUCCUGCUGGUCUGCAUCCUGCACCUGCAUUACUUCCACGACCGCUUCCUGCAGCUCACCGAUCUCAAAGCCGUCAUCAGCAAAGAGCAGAGCACCAUUUACAGACUGGCUCAUCCUGACGGGAGUCUGGCCGAUCUGACGAUGAUAAGCACGUCUUCAGAGCCGCUGCUGAAGGAGGAGAAGGAGAAAGAGUCUAUGAACGAGGUGCUGGUUGUGGACUGUGUGGACGAGGAGGAAAAGAAAGAGUCUCUGUCCAUCCAUUCAGCUCAUCUGUCCAGUCAGGAGGACAUUCAGCAGUUCAGCGCCACCACAGAUCCAGAGCUGCCCUCAGAACAGAGCUCAGACCUCAAGAAUAAAUGGCAUUUGGUGGUGGACCGGCUCACGGUCCUGUUCCUCAGGUUCCUGGAGUACUUCCAUAAGCUGAAGCUCUUCAUCUGGUGGCUGCUGGAGAUGCACAUCAUCAAGAUCGUGUCCACUUACAUCAUCCUGCUGUCUGUCAAAGAGGUCUCGCUCCUGAACUAUGUGUUUUUGAUCUCAUGGGCGUUUGCGCUGCCGUAUAAGCAGUUUCGAGUUCUCGCUUCUAGCGUUUGCACUGUAUGGACGUGUGUCAUCAUCAUCUGCAAGUUGUUUUAUCAGCUAAAAACCAUCGAACCCAGAAACUACUCAAGUAUUUGUACUAUGCCAUCCAACUACACAAAAGAGCAAAAGAUGGACAUGAAUCAUUCUCUACUGUACCGGAAGCCUGUGGAUCCCGCAAACUGGGUCGGCCUGGAGAAGUUUGAAGAACCUGUACUGCCCAACCUGAGGAAUAACUUGUUGAUGUUGGCCAUCUUGGCGUUUGAAGUCACCAUUUACAGACACCAGGAGUUUUUCCGUCUGAGAAACAAACUCUCCCCUCCUCCCUCUCGCACCAUCUUUCAUGACAUCACCCGGCAACACCUCGACAACAGCAUCAUCAACUGCAUCAAAUACUUCAUCAACUACUUCUUCUACAAGUUUGGUUUAGAGGUGUGUUUUCUGUUGGCGAUCAAUGUGAUGGGUCAGCGGAUGGAUUUCUACUCCAUGCUGCACGGUUUGGCUCUGGCUGUGGUGAUGUACAGACGCCGGAGGAAAGCCAUCGCUGAGAUCUGGCCUAAAUACUGCUGCUUCCUGGCCUGCAUGAUCACCUUCCAGUACUUCAUCUGCAUUGGAAUCCCACCGGCUGCUUGUAAAGAUUAUCCCUGGAGGUUUUCCGAAUCCAUGAUGGAUUCUGACAUCGUUAAAUGGCUUUUCCUUCCUGAUUUCCACACUCAGCCCAACUCCAUGUUCCUCGUCUAUGAUUUCAUGCUGCUGCUGUGUGCGUCGCUGCAGAGGCAGGUGUUUGAAGAUGAAAACAAAGCGGCCGUUCGUCUGAUGGCGGGAGAUAACGUGGAGAUCUGCCGAGACCUGGACGCAGCAUCCUUCAGCGUUCACAACCCUGUACCAGACUUCAUUCACUGCAGGUCAUACCUGGACAUGCUGAAGGUGAUCAUGUUCAGCUACCUGUUCUGGUUCGUCCUGACCAUCAUCUUCAUCACGGGCACGACUCGGAUCAGCAUCUUCUGCAUGGGUUACCUGGUGGCGUGUUUUUACUUUCUGCUCUUCGGUGGCGAUCUCUUGCUCAAGCCAAUCAAGAAGCUCCUCCGUUACUGGGAUUUCCUCAUAGCUUACAAUGUUUUCGUCAUCACAAUGAAGAACGUGUUUGCUAUUUUGGCGUGUGGUUAUAUCAAGCAUCUGGUGAAGAAUAGCUGCUGGUUGGUUCAGCUGCUCAGUCUUGCCUGCACCAUAAAAGAAUACAAAGCUCUUGAAGGUAAAGAAGGGUUGCAUUUGGACAACAUUCUGGGAUGUGAAGUGCCGAAGGACGAGGCCGGUAUCAUCUGGGACAGCAUCUGCUUCACGUUCCUCCUGCUGCAGAGACGUGUUUUCAUGAGCUACUACUUCCUGCAUGUGGUCGCAGACAUCCGCGCUGGACAGAUUCUCGCAUCUCGAGGAGCAGAGCUGUUUCAGGCCAGCAUUGUGAAGGCUGUGAGAGCUCGUCUGGAGGAGGAGAAGAGAUCCAUGGAGCAGCUGAAGAGACAGAUGGAUCGUAUUAAGACGCGACAGCAGAAGUUCAAGAGAGGAAAGGAGAAGAUGCUCAGCAUGGCUCAGGAGUCUGGAGACGGGCAGAAACUCAUCCAUCCCGACAACAACGAUGAUGAUGAGAGAAAGAAAAACAAGGUGCAAAAAAAGCAGUGGUGGAGGCCUUGGGUUGACCAUGCGUCCAUGGUUAGAAGUGGUGAUUAUUACCUGUUUGAAACUGACAGUGAAGAGGAGGAGGAAGAGGAGGACAAAAAAGAUGAAGAACAGCCCAAGAGAUCAGCCUUCCUGCGAGCGAUCAGAAAGUUUGCUUCGGCCCUCGUGGCUUUACCCAGAUCAGUCAUUAAACUGCCCAAAACUGUUCUGCAGUAUUUAAUCAGGGCGGCCAAGUUUGUGUACCGCACCUGGAUUGCUGACUCUAAAGCAGCUCUGAAUGAAAGAGGCAAAGGGAAGCGUCAUUUCUGGAAGCGAUACGGCCGCAGACGUAGAAAAGACAAGAAAGAAGAUCAUGUGGCGAUAGAGAUCGAUGAAGAAGACCGUCAGAGUUCAGAGGAAGACAAAGCGGAUGGACCAGACAAUAUCAUCAAGAGGGUCUUCAACAUCAUCAAGUUCACCUGGAUGCUGUUUCUGACCACCGUUGAGAGCAUCACCAAGUGGCUGAACUCCGUCUGCAGAGAAUACAUCGACAUCUCCACCGUUCUGCGCAUUGAGCGCUGCAUGCUGACCAGAGAAGUCAAAAAGGGAAACGCCCCCCCCCGAGAGAGCAUCCAUGUGUACUACCAGAAGCAGAUGAAACUGAAUGGAUCUCGUGAAUCUGGACUGGACCGGAUCAGUGAGGAGGACUCCUGCUCAAACAGAGACCGCCGCAGACGAGUCGACCACAGUCUGGAUUCCUUCGCUUCCAGAGACAGCAUGUCCAGUGCAUACACCGAAGCCACCAUGCUGUUUUCCCGUCAGUCCACCUUGGACGACUUGGACGACUUGGACGACUUGCCUCAGAAUAUUCCCAAAACCAGCGAACGAGCUCGUCCCAAACUGCACAAAAUGUACAGUUUGGACAUGUCCAACUCCUCUGUGGACAGUGGAAGCAGCGUCAUGUCCAGUGAAGUUACUCAGUCCGUCACACUUUUCUCUCGGCAAGGAACCGACGACACCAUAGAAGAGGUCGAGGACGAGAGAGAACAGGUGCAGGCGAAAGAAGAGGAAACUGCAGAGACUGUUGAGGACAAACCUGAAGGAGCAGAUCAUGAAGAAGUGAAAGAGGAAGAAGUGAAACAGGAAGCUAUGAAUGAGCUGGCAGAGGAAGUGACACAAUUAGUGACAGAUGAGCUGGCAGAGGAAGCGAUACAGGAAGUGACGGAUGAGCUGGCAGAGGAAGCGAUACAGGAAGUGACAGGAGAAGAGGAACUCCAGUGGGAUUUGGUGGAUCCAGAGGAAGCAGUUGAAGAUGUUCAGUUUCCUCAGCUGGAUUGUGAGGAGCAUCGAGAGGAAGAGCAGUGCAUUUCUGAAGAUGAGGACGGUGAACAGCCAAUCCGACAGGAUGAAGGGGAAUCAUCAGGACCAGAGAACGUGCAGAUGGACGUGGUCAGCGGGCAGCUUUUCACCCCGGACACAGACGCACCCAACACCUCGGACGCUGACGUGCCGCCCAGCUACAGCAAAGCCGUGAGCUUCGACCAUCUGUCUGUGAGCUCAGACGAAAGUGACAGUGACAAACGGCUGAUGCUGAUGACGCCCGACAGCAGAUCUGAUCUGGACGACCCUCUGAUGCCCUCCAUGACCACCGAUCUGACUGCCAGCGAACUGCUGCUCAACAAAAUGUUCUAUGAUGAGGAGCUGGAGAACUCUGAGAGUUUCUAUAAAUCGCAGCCGCUCGGGCUCCAGCUGUGUUAUGCUCUUUAUAACCUGCUGGUGGCGCACUCUGAGAUGGUCUGUUUCCUGGUCAUCAUCCUCAACCACAUGAUCUCAGCGUCCAUGGCGACGCUGGUGCUGCCCAUCCUCAUCUUCCUGUGGGCGAUGCUCUCCGUUCCUCGGCCCAGCAAGCGCUUCUGGAUGACGGCCAUCGUGUACACAGAGGUCAGGGUUUUCACCAUCGUCGUCAAAUACUUCUUCCAGUUCAGCUUUUUCCCAUUCAACCAGAACCUGGAAGUCAACAAGGGGAAGCCGUACCAUCCGCCCAACAUCAUCGGCACAGAGAAGAAAGAAGGAUACGUGCACUAUGACCUGGUUCAGCUGCUGGUGCUGUUUUUCCACCGAUCCAUACUAAAGUGUCACGGACUCUGGGAUGAAGACGACCCUAAAGCGUCCCAUAAGGAUGAGUGUCUUAGUCAGGAUGAGUCUGUGGACGAGGGGAAGGUGGCAGUGGUGAUUCCACCCGAGGAAGAGAAGAGGAGAUUUCCAUGGUACUCGCUCAAGUCUCUGAACCUCGGCAUGUCCGGGGACUCGUCCCAGGUGCACGUGCAAAUACGUUACCCUGAGCAUCGGUCUCACCUGCCGCAACAGAGCACUAGCGGAUCUCACCUGUCCCGCCGCUCUUCUGUGCGCUCCAAACACGGCAGCACAAGCACAUGGAACAGCAUUCACAGGGAAAACAGCACCACAGAGCCAGAAGUUCCACAGAAGAGCCGGAAAGAAAUGAUCAUGAAGAAGAUCCGAGAGCAGCUCAUCAAAGUAAAGGUUUAUGUGAUUAAAAAGUUGGUUGAGUUCUAUCAGCCCAUCCGUCAGUUCUUCUAUAACCUGAUCCAUCCUGAGUACAACGCCGUGACCACUUACACCUCUAUAUUUCUAUAACACACACCCUAUAUUAUAAUUAUUGUCUUUGGCUCCUCUGCAUCAUUUGGGAAACAUCAGGGUGGUGCUGAUAUCACAUCCUCGCUGUCAGAAGACCAGGUUCCCGGGCCGUUCCUGGUCAUGGUGCUCAUCCAGUUCGGCACGAUGGUGGUGGAUCGCGCCCUGUACCUCCGCAAGACAGUGAUGGGAAAAGUGAUUUUCCAGGUCGUCCUGGUGUUCGGCAUCCAUUUCUGGAUGUUUUUCAUCCUACCAGGAAUCACAGAGAGGCGUUUCAGUCAGAACACUAUCGCUCAGCUGUGGUACUUUGUCAAAUGCAUUUACUUCGGCCUGUCAGCGUAUCAGAUCCGCUGUGGAUAUCCGACUCGCAUACUGGGAAACUUCCUCACCAAGAGCUACAACUACGUCAACCUCUUCCUCUUCCAGGGGUUCCGUCUGAUCCCGUUCCUGACGGAGUUGCGUGCGGUGAUGGACUGGGUUUGGACGGACACGACGCUCAGCUUGUCUAGCUGGAUCUGUGUGGAGGACAUCUACGCUCACAUCUUCAUCCUCAAAUGCUGGAGGGAGUCUGAGAAGCGUUACCCUCAGCCACGCGGGCAGAAGAAGAAGAAGGUUGUGAAGUAUGGAAUGGGCGGCAUGAUCGUGAUGCUCCUGAUCUGCAUCGUUUGGUUCCCGCUGCUCUUCAUGUCUCUGAUCAAAUCUGUGGCAGGAGUGGUCAACACUCCGCUGGACGUGUCCGUCACACUCACGCUGGGAGGACUUCAGCCGAUCUUCACGAUGAGCGCCCAGCAGAACCAUCUGAAACACAUCUCUUCCAGGGAGUUUGAAAAGUUAAAAAAGCACCACACUGAUGCAAGUGCCAUGCUGUUCCUGGAGUCUUAUAAUUGUGAGGAUUUGACAAUAGCAGAACUAGAAGGAAGUUCCAACUCGCUCUGGACCAUCAGCCCCCCGAGCAGGAAGAACCUCAUUAAUAUGCUCAAUGACACAAACGAGACAUUCACCCUCACCAUAAACAGAAACCUCAGUUUAGGUGCCAAAGCUGAAACUGCGAUAGGGAAACACUCCAUUGACUUGGACAAACCCACGAGAACUAAGCUAAAAAGUCUACUGAAUGGAACCAAGCUCAAAGAAGUGGUCAUCACAAACAUUUUUCCAAGAUACAUCAGAGCACCAAGCGACUCCAAUGCCAAGCCUAUUGUGCAGCUCUACAAAAGUGAUAAAAAAUACAUGAACAUCACACUGUCUUUACAUAAAUCCAAUGACAGCAAUAAGCAAUCCAAUGAGAGCAUCCAGGAGUGGUGGACCGUGAAUCAGACAGAAGCAGGGCCGUUAUCUGUGAGGGAUGCAAGCGAAUCUGGUCUGGAGCUCUAUAUCUUCAGUGACCAAGUCAGUCCUCCCAGUCCUUUCUUUCUGGCUAUUUGAUAGAUCAUGGGUCUGUACAUGUCGGUGGUUCUGGUUAUCGGGAAGUUUGUGCGUGAAUUCUUCAGCGGGAUCUCGCACACCAUCAUGUUCGAAGAGCUGCCUCACGUGGACCGGAUCCUCAAGCUCUGCACCGACAUCUUCCUGGUCCGAGAAACAGGAGAACUGGACUUGGAGGAAGACCUGUACGCCAAACUCAUCUUCCUCUACCGCUCUCCAGAAACCAUGAUCAAGUGGACCAGAGAGAAGAGUGAGUGAGGAUGAGGACGCUGACCUUCGGAGGAACUCCAAACGAAGCACGAGAAGCACAAAGCGGGAAUUGCACCGGUUGGAUUGAACCGAUUGUUCUUCAUGCUAACUGAUGAAACGUUAGCACUCGUGUAAUACACUUGCUAGUGUUUUUAAGGGCUUGAUAAGUGAACUUUAGGGCUUCCAGGCAUGCACCACUUUGAUACGACUCUCGUCUUUGGGAGUGCAUGCGACGUGAUGGACGUAGACGAGAAAUACUCAAGCUACUUUAGACUUGGGCUUGAUUUGCAAUGCCUCUCUGAAUUCUGAAGGCGAAACGGGUUUUGCAGGAAGCAGAACCAAAGCCCUGUAGGUGGCGCUGUGAAUUACGUGACUGUCUCUAUUUGCCUUAUUUCAUUUGUACAAUCAACUAGAUGAAUCAUGAUCCACUACUUUUCUCAGGAAUACAUUCGGAUCGUUUUACGACAAUGGGAAAGCAACCUUUUUUUCUUCAAAAGUGUGAAGAGGAACGUACGCAACAAACAUCUGUAAUUUAUGAACACAGAUUUGGGACGUGAAAAGUAUGUUUGGUGUUUUAUAAGUAUAAUGACUUUUCAUAACUAAUGGGAGAUUGUUUUCACAUUACAAUGAAUGAUUUAUCCGUUUCAACUCGUUUGUUAAACAGAGAGAAUUCAUGUGUUUCAGUGCACAUUUCUUUGUAAAUCCAAAUGAUUUCAUGAGUAAUUUACACAAAUUUCUGUGUAUUUCUUCACAAAUCCAAGUGAUUUUAUGAACAAAUUGCACAGAAAUUGGUUCAGAAUGAAUUUUAAAAGUUUCUUCAUGAAUCCAAAUGAUUUUAAUUAUUUAUACAUUAAAUGUUCUAAAAGAUUUUUGAAUGUUUCUUCACAAACCCGUCAUUUUAAGUCAUUUCCACAGAAAUAAGUUCAAAAACUAAUUUUAAUUUGUUUCUGUCUACAUUUCUUUGUAAAUUCUAAUGAUUUUAUGAAUAAUUUAAUUGGAAAUUUGUUCAGAACGGAUUUUUAAAUGUUUCUUCAUAAAUGCAAAUUAAUUUUUUAUACCGAUAUUUGUUCAGAUUGAUUUUGUUUCUGUAUACAUUUCUUCAUAAAUCCACGAUUUUGUGGAUUAUUUCCACGGAAAUUAAUUAAUAACACUAAUUAUACUAUAUGACACUAAUUUUAAUGUGU